CUUAUCUCAUUCUCUCCGGCGAGACGUUCAGGAAGAUAUCUAUCUGAUUGUCUCCGGCGAGACGUUCUCCUGAAAGGCUCCGAGGAAGAAUCACCAUAAUAAGGCUUCCUCACCGCCACUCAGUGCCAUCUCUCUAAGUUUCAAAUUAGUUUAAUCAAUCCUUUUUGCUUUGGAAUAUAAAGACAAGACAAGAUGGUGAAAUUCACAGCUGAAGAGCUCCGUCGCAUUAUGGACCUUAAGCACAAUAUUCGUAACAUGUCUGUUAUCGCACAUGUUGAUCAUGGGAAGUCUACCCUCACUGACUCUCUUGUGGCGGCUGCUGGGAUUAUUGCCCAGGAAGUGGCGGGUGAUGUCCGGAUGACUGAUACCCGUCAAGAUGAAGCAGAGCGUGGCAUCACAAUCAAAUCUACUGGCAUUUCUCUCUACUACGCAUUGACUGAUGAGGCUCUCAAGAGCUACAGAGGCGAACGCAAUGGCAAUGAGUAUCUUAUAAAUUUGAUUGACUCCCCUGGGCACGUGGACUUCUCCUCUGAGGUCACAGCUGCACUUCGUAUAACUGAUGGAGCUCUAGUGGUGGUAGAUUGUAUUGAAGGUGUUUGCGUCCAAACUGAAACUGUGCUUCGACAGGCACUUGGAGAAAGAAUUAAGCCUGUUUUGACUGUGAAUAAAAUGGACAGGUGCUUCCUUGAGCUCCAGUUGGAUGGAGAGGAGGCUUACCAGACCUUUCAAAGGGUUGUUGAGAAUGCCAAUGUGAUCAUGGCUACAUAUGAAGAUCCCCUGCUUGGUGAUUGUCAGGUUUAUCCUGAGAAAGGAACAGUUGCUUUUUCUGCUGGUUUGCAUGGUUGGGCUUUCACUUUGACCAACUUUGCUAAGAUGUAUGCCUCUAAAUUUGGAGUUGAUGAGUCAAAGAUGAUGGAAAGGCUGUGGGGUGAGAACUUCUUUGAUCCAGCAACCAAGAAAUGGACCACCAGGCACACUGGUUCAUCUACCUGCAAGCGUGGGUUUGUUCAGUUCUGUUAUGAGCCUAUCAAGCAGAUAAUUUCCACUUGUAUGAAUGAUCAAAAGGAUAAGUUGUGGCCUAUGUUGCAAAAGCUUGGAGUCACCAUGAAAUCUGAGGAAAAGGAACUGAUGGGUAAAGCAUUGAUGAAACGUGUCAUGCAGACCUGGCUCCCAGCAAGCAGUGCACUUUUGGAAAUGAUGAUAUUCCAUCUUCCCUCCCCAUCAAGAGCCCAAAAAUAUCGUGUUGAAAACCUGUACGAGGGACCUCUCGAUGAUCAGUAUGCCACAGCAAUCAGGAAUUGUGAUCGUGAUGGACCCCUGAUGCUUUAUGUCUCAAAAAUGAUUCCUGCAUCUGAUAAGGGCAGGUUUUUCGCUUUUGGCCGUGUCUUCUCUGGCAAGGUCUCCACUGGUUUGAAGGUCAGAAUCAUGGGGCCAAACUAUGUCCCUGGGGAGAAGAAGGACUUGUAUGUUAAGAAUGUGCAAAGAACUGUCAUCUGGAUGGGAAAGAAGCAGGAAACUGUUGAGGAUGUGCCUUGUGGCAACACAGUUGCUAUGGUUGGUCUGGAUCAAUAUAUUACCAAAAAUGCUACAUUAACAAAUGAAAAGGAAGUCGAUGCCCAUCCUAUCCGAGCAAUGAAGUUCUCUGUCUCCCCUGUGGUACGUGUUGCUGUUCAGUGCAAGGUUGCGUCUGAUCUUCCAAAGCUUGUUGAAGGUCUCAAACGGUUGGCCAAAUCAGAUCCUAUGGUUAUGUGUACCAUCGCGGAGUCCGGAGAGCACAUCGUUGCUGGUGCAGGAGAACUACAUCUCGAGAUAUGUUUGAAGGACUUGCAAGACGAUUUCAUGGGCGGAGCUGAGAUUAUAAAGUCCGACCCUGUUGUGUCCUUCCGUGAAACUGUUCUCGAGAGAUCUUGCCGGACCGUGAUGAGCAAGUCACCCAACAAGCACAACCGUCUAUACAUGGAAGCAAGACCCAUGGAGGAAGGGCUUGCAGAGGCAAUUGAUGAAGGCAAGAUUGGACCCAGAGAUGACCCCAAGAGCCGUUCGAGAAUAUUGGCCGAAGAGUUUGGCUGGGACAAGGAUCUUGCCAAGAAAAUCUGGUGUUUUGGACCCGAAACCACGGGGCCUAACAUGGUGGUGGAUAUGUGUAAGGGAGUGCAGUACCUGAAUGAAAUCAAGGACUCUGUUGUUGCCGGAUUCCAGUGGGCAUCAAGAGAAGGUGCGUUGGCUGAAGAGAACAUGAGGGGCAUUUGUUUUGAAGUCUGUGAUGUUGUUCUUCACGCUGAUGCAAUCCACAGAGGAGGUGGUCAGAUAAUUCCAACAGCAAGGCGAGUCUUUUAUGCUUCCCAGUUGACUGCUAAGCCCAGGCUGCUUGAGCCUGUUUAUCUGGUGGAGAUCCAAGCUCCUGAGCUGGCUCUGGGUGGAAUCUACAGUGUUCUUAACCAGAAACGUGGACAUGUGUUUGAGGAAAUGCAGAGACCUGGGACCCCACUCUACAACAUUAAGGCAUACCUGCCUGUGAUUGAGUCUUUUGGGUUCUCGAGCACAUUGAGGGCUGCAACAUCAGGACAGGCUUUCCCACAGUUGAUAUUUGAUCACUGGGAUAUGUUGUCAUCGGAUCCACUUGAGCCUGGAACGCAAGCUGCACAGAUUAUUGCAGACAUUCGCAAGAGGAAGGGCUUGAAAGAGCAGAUGACUCCGCUUUCAGAAUACGAGGACAAGCUUUAAAUUUGGGUCUAUUUUACCCGUUAUGAAUCUGAUUGUCUCCCGCAUGUACGAGUAAUAAUUUGGAAGCCCAGCAUCUUGAGUUUGCUUCUGCGUCGUUUAAUUUGUGUCAUUUUCUAGCCAUAUUGCAUAGGGAUAACAUCCCUGCACCGAUAUUUGGGAAACAUCCUCCAAUACAUGAUUGCUACAUAACAAUAAUACUCGUUCUAAUGACUUUUCUUUCAAUAAUGAUUUGCUAUUGUCAUACGGUA